CAGGUGGACCAAAAAAAAAAAAAAAAAAAAGAAAGAUAAGACAGCGAGAUGGAGGGUGUGGCGAACAUGGCGAUCAUACAUGACAAUACGGAUACCCGCCCUGCGACUGUUUUGUACGGGAUCUUGGCAGCGUGGCUGAAUAAUACGGUAAUACCGCUGUCCUCCGCAAUGUCAUCAUUGCCUGGGGAUUUUUGGUCUUCGUCGCUUCUUCGAGGAGCCAACCACGGCCAUCCAGGCAGCUCUUUUGAUCGCGCUCUUUUAUAUGACCUCCACCGACCUCCCAACAGUCUCCUAUCCAUUCAUCUUCAUCCAGCACGACCUCAAGACCACCUCCCACUGCUCUAUCCACGGUUCCCUCUGCAGUUUCUACCCCCACCAUCAGCGGCCCGCCAGUCACCCGCUCAAGUCAUCCACGGUUCAAGUCACCUGAAAGCUGGAAUUAGAAACACUUAUUCACCCCAGUGAUACCCCCAAAUUACUCUGCACAUGUCGCGAUACGACGAUUUCCGUUCCUCAACAGGAACUUUGGACAGUCGUGGGAGUCGCUGGGAUGCUGAUCGUUUCGCCCGUGAGCGUCAUGAGCGUCUUCAUUCCCGCGGCCCUCCAGUUGUCGAACGACCUCGCCGGUUUGAAGAGGACCGUUUCGAAUCGCGGUUAUACGACACCGAUCGAUAUGGGCCUCCUGCCCGCCGGCCGGGUAGGUACUACGAAGAUGACCACAUCAUUGAAACCUCGGGACCAUUGAUGGCCUAUGACCGUCAUGAGCGUCGUCGCCCGGCAGAGAGCCCUUCCCCUCGACCCCGUCUGGUCAGACGGCAAUCGUCUCUUGAUACAUUCGAUCGAAUUCCUUCACGCAAACUAGACGAAUUGUACAUUCGCGACCAUGCUCCUAGACCUGCUUUACCCGCCCGGCGGCACUCGCCUCGCCGUUACCAUGACUCGGAUUAUUACGACGACAUUGGGAUAGCAGAACCUGACUACUUUGGAGAUGAGGAAUACAGAGGAUUUCGCGAGCGUGAUCGGUAUGGUGGUCGCCCUCGGAGCGAUUCCCGUUUCCGUGAAAGGAUGGUCGAAGAGGUGGUCGAGAAGCCAUAUCCUCGUAAAGGAAAGACACGUAUUCCAAGGAAGCUGGCCCAUACUGGUGCAGUCAUCGAACUGGGCUACCCAUUCCAUGAAGAUGAUGAUGUGAUCACCCUCCAAAUGGCACUGUCCAAGGAUCAAAUAGAUGAAGUCAUCAGUUUGAGUCGAGAGAUCAGGCGACGGACCGAAACUCGCAUUAUACAUACAUCACCAUCUCCUGUGCGUGGUAAACACAGAGACAGACAUGCCGAUCGCAUCAUGGAGCACUCCCCACGGUCCAGCCACAAUACUUUGAUCGUCGAGCCGCCCUCCCGACACCGAUCGCACUCUCGUCACAACAGUGGACUUAGCGAGAAACGGACGACGAGAACUGUUUCCCGUACUCGAUCGAUUUCGGUUCAUGGUCACCGACGACAUCAUUCCUCGCCUGGAAGACAUGAGCCCGAAAAGCUGAGCUCUGGGGCUCUUGCAAUCAUGGUGCGUCCUCGGAAUAGCGAUGAGGAACUUCGAGAAUUGAUGCACCUGGAACGCCGCUCUCGAGGCGAGGUCGUUCGCGACACAUUGUAUGAUGAUGGUCAUGGUGAUCGUGAGGAGGUUUUGGAGGUGAAGAAAGAGCGCAAGUCGCCCAAUCCUCGACUCAUCCGGGCAAUGAUGGCGACUUUGACUUAGAGGUUCCUCGUUUCGUGCCUUUUCCUUCAAUGCAACCCUUUUGUCCAUUUCGGGUAUUUGAAUGUGUGACGAUACAGACUGAACCGGUGCCAUCUAGCUAUGACACGGGCUGGUGGAAUGUAUGUGUGGGAAUAUUCUAUGGGAUAUGACUUUUUGACGGCCUUCUUAUUUCUUACGACGGUUUGAUUGCAUGAAUGGGCAUUCUUUCGCUGAUGAUAUUAUACCACCACUUCGUCAGUCUGCGACUGAGCUGCUUUCAAUAAUGUCUAUAUAAUGAUACUUACACAGUUAUUUCAUAUUAUU